UGCAGCAUUAGAGGCCAAAGAAAAGCAGAUUUCCGUGUUGUUUGAGAAAAUGGAGUCGAGACAAGCUGAACUUUCGAAUAAGUCUUCUGAGACUCAAGCACCGAAGACCAACGGCAUUGACAUCGAUAAAAUUUUGCUGGAGAAGAUACAGGUGUCAGACGAGUUGCGAGUGGCUCGUGAAAACCUGAGGACACUGCGUGCCACUUACGACGGCCAGGUCACCGACCUGACUGCCGACAUUGCCAAGGCUCGACAGGACACGGGCAGAGCCGAAUCUGACCUCGAAUACGUCCGAUCCGAACUCGACAGGGUUCUGCUCGAAUGCGAGAGAUGGAAGUCACUGGCCACUCACAAUCCGAUCCCGGAACCCGGCCCAGACGCCAACAAGGAAACCACGAUUGCGAACCUCAGGACUGAGUUGGAGAUUGUGAAUCGAGCGAAAACCGCUUUGGCGUGCCAACUCGAACGCAAAAUCAGCGUGGAGAAAAAGUGCGAGGAGCUGACCAAGGAAAUGGAGGAACAGAAACUGGUCAUUGACAACCUAAGCCUCGAGCUGGACAUCGUGAACAAAACCAAGACAGUGCUCGAGUUCCACAAAUCCCUCGACGACACCAUCGAAUCCGGCUACAAACAAAUGAAGUCCGAAGUCGACUCACUCAGAUCCGAACUCGCUCUCGUGAAUGAAGCCAAAACGACUCUCGAAACCCAGUUGGAAACUCUUCGACAAGAACACCACGCAUUGAACGAAGCCCUGGAAACGCAAGAAAUCCAGUUCACUCGGUCUCUCAGACUAGUCACCGACGAAUGCUCUUCGAAAAGCGCGGAAAUCUCCGUGUUGGGCGAGAAGCUCGAGUCCCUGUCGGCCGAAAGAGACGAUCUCAACGCUCAGAUUGUUUCUUUGCAACAAGACCUGCUGCUCGAACAACAAACGCGAGACCAGUUGAAAAACGAAUUCCGCAACGAAGCCACGUCCAUUUCGACUUCCGUAGCUGCAAGAGACGCUAGUAUAAGACAACUGGAGAAUAAAUUAUCUGAAGCCAGUCAAGAAAAGGAGUCCGUCAUCCAAGAUUUGUCGAAGGCCCAAUCUACGAUCAGUCAACUCCGAGACGAGUGCGAGAAAUUAUCCACUGAACUCUCUGCUCUGAAGCGGUCUCAAGAAGCGUCUUCGUCUGUGUCACACACUGAUGAUGGUGUCAGUGUCGAAUCUCAACUAGAAACUGCCAGAGCAGAUUUGAAGUCGGCAGUUGAACGAUGCAAAGCUCUGCAGCUUGAGAGCGACACCCACAAGGCGUCAAUGGAAGCAAAGGACAUUGCUGUCGCUGCCAUGAAGGACCAGUUGAACGCUUUGCCGUUGACCAAGGCCUUGGAAGCCACGAAUGAUGAACUGUUGUCUGCUUUGAGGCGAGAAAUGGACCGAAAGAACGCGUACAUUGACGAAAUGUCUGCUAAAAUCGUCACGAUGGAACGAUGCAAUUCUGAGCUGAAAGCGGGGAAACCGCAGUCAUUAUUGAAGGACUUUCCGGCUGCGAAAGCUCAUGCUGAAAAUGUCUCAUCUGCUGCUGUGGCGAGGGAAGAAAAUAUUCUCGUCGAAGAAAUAAAACAGAGAUACGAGAAAGAAAUCAAAGCUCUCAAAGAAGAGUUGCGGCAAAAGCCUGCAACUGUCUCUUCCACGAUUGGCAGCGAUGCGGAAGAAUUAUUGCGUCGUCAGUUGGCGGAGUGCCAGACAACCUGCGAUGCGCGCCUCGAAUCCAUGGCAGAGGAGUACGAAAGGAAACUGCAACACGUUCUUCAGCAGCUUGACGAUAACCUUUCAACACAAGAGAGACAACUUCGCGAAAGAUACGAAACAGAUUACAGCUCGAAACUGCGCCACGAAUGCAUCGAUUUGGAAACUGAGUACCAAAGGAAACUCGACCGCGUCAACGCGCAAUGGGAGAAGCGUGUCGCUGUCUCCGACACUGAAUUCGACCCGCGCAUUCGUUGCAGCCGCACUCCCGAAGCUUCUCAAGUCCGCAUCCUUCAAACUCGUAUCCAGGACCUUCAGCAGGCUCUGAAUGCAUCUCAGAUAUCUGCCAUGGAAGGGGACGAGAAGGAUGAAAUCUAUCAAAGCCGGAUUCGCGAGCUUGUUUCGCGGUUGGCUGAAAUGGAGAACGAGAAACUGAAGCUCAGAGGUCGGCUGGAAGCCGAGAACAAGAAGCAUUCGGAGGAGAUUCAGAGUUACAUUCAAACCGUACAGGCUUGUUUCGAGCAGGACCCGGACUUGCAGAAGCAGGUUGAGAACGUGCGGAAAAUCCACAAACGAGAGUUGCUGAAUAUGCAGGCCAAGUUGAGGUCAGAGUAUGAGUCCAAGUUCCUGGAACUAAAGAACAAAUUUGAGGAUAAACUCCACCAAGUGAAGGAAUCCAUGCAAAUGAACGGAAGUUCAACCGGAACUGUGGUGACCCCCACUCGGGCCUUGUCGCCGAUAUCCGAAAUGGACGACAUCAAUCAAUUCAGCUCGAUUUUCAGCGAAUUCAUGCAAGAGGCCAGAUCAAUCAAUCCAGAAAACUCGAAUGCGAAUAAUCUCCCUGCAGAUGGCGGUUAUCCUGAUGGCCUGUGUGACAAAGUAUCGAUCCUGAAAAGUCGUGCGGAACAACUUUAUCUGAUGAUGAGGAGGGAUGCUGUCACUGCUUUCGAACACGAACAAAAGAGAAACAAGGAGCUGGAGGAAGAAUGGGAAGACAAAUUGAAUGCCAUGGAAGAAAGGCAUCAUCACGAAAUCGAGCGACUGGGAGAGGAUUACAAUGCACAUAAACGUGAAAUGGAAUACGCGAGUCAAGCCGCGAUGGCUGCAGUGCAUUCCGGGACAACGAGCCUAGACGUGCUCAAGCAGCAGCUGAUUGAGAAGACCAAGGAAAUCCACCACCUGAAGAAAAAGCACAAGAGUGAAAUGAGGCACUUGAAGCGUUCGAUGGACAAGGGCCAAAAGCAACGAGGGUCUUCAGGCUCGGAUGCUGACGAAGAAGACGACACUGUCAAACUCGAGUACCUGAGGGACGUUUUGUUCCAGUACAUGACUGGGAAGAAUAGCAAGACUCUUUCCAGGGUCAUCGCUGCAGUUGUCAAUUUCACUCCAGAGCAAACAGAUCAAGUUGUGGACCACGAAGCUCGGCGGCGAGAAGGAUCAAUUGAGAUCGCCGAGUGCGACAAGGAACCGAAGUCCACACAAACACUGACGAAAUACGAACGUAUGCGCGGAGAAAAGGGAGAAGCUAUACACGUACCCCACCAGCAUCAGGCAACUGCAUUUCUAUAUUCCGCCGAAAUUGAGCAGAAAUUCCGUUGUAUUGAAUCUAUCAUCGAAGUUGUGUGCAACAGAAUUCAAGCAAACAAUGUUCAACAGCCCGAAGAGGCGUGA